GAGACAAGUGGUCCAACAAUUUUUGGUACUAUGCCUACUGGUUCGAGUAGCCUUCCUUAUUCAGAGCGUGAUAGUGUUGAAGGCCUAUCAAAUGCUCCACUGGGUGAUGAGAUUUCCAAGGAAAAGCAGGUUGCAAACUAUGUACAUUUGCUUGAUAAUUUGGGUGAAGCAGUAGCAGGGACAUCUAGUUCAGCAGGACAUCUAGCUUUGUCGUCUGAUUCUAUUAUUGCCAGUAUGGAGUUGGGGAAAAAUAGUCUUUUGCAGAGUAGUCUUGAUUCAAAUGAGGUGAGCAGGAAUGCGUCAGAGACGAUUUGUGGGUCGCACGAUGUGAGUGUAGCCCAUAAUAGCAAACAGGUGCCUUCAUUGACUGAUAAUAUAAUGGGUAAUCAGGAUUCAGACAAUUCAUCAAGAUUAUCAGGUGGCCAUGGUAGAAGUAGAAAAGUUGAGAGUGACAAUUUAACCAAUCAUGCUGACAAUGAAGGAAGAAAUGAUGAUAAGGGCGAUUCUGACAGAAAGAGGAGAGUAAAACGGAGAAAAAAACGCAACUCUUCUAGAUCAAUGACCAUAUCCCAGCGCCUUGGAGCAAUUGACAAAACAACUACUGAUAUUGAUCUUGGUAUUUUGGAUGCCUUGGAGGUCGCUACCAAAGUCGCACAGGAAGUCGCAAGAGAAGUGGACUCUGGAGAACCUUCUCACAGUUCUUCAGAAGAAGUAUCUGAUGAAAGUGGGCAGUCUGGUUCGCAAGACUCCCGGGAUGAUGAUGUACAUACAGGUUCUCCAUCUAAGGGAUUAUCAGUGGGUGAAAACCAUUCCUCUGAGGAGCCUCGUGUUGGAGAUGACGAUGUAAUGGAUGAGAAGAAUGACAUACCUGAAAGUGGGAUGAUGAACAGUGAUGAUGUUGAAGAAAACCGCCUAGCAGCAGCGGCUAAAUCUGAGGUAGGCAGAGAGAAAAGCCCAUGUGGCUUUGAUCUUAAUCAAGAUAUUUGUCCUGAUGAAACAGAUGUCAUUAUGUCCUCCAUAUCUACCACCGCUACUCCUAUGUCGGCUUCACAUUCUCUCUCAUCUUCUGGAAUGCCUGCAGCAGCACCGUUGCAAUUGGAAAGAUCUCUUAGCGGGAAAGGAUCAGCUGCUACUAGUGUAUUUCACCCAGCGUUACCUCAUAAAGAAGUUCCUAGUGGGGAUUUAAGAGAAAAGCAGAUGAUUUGCCGUGGUAUCGAUCUGAAUGUGGCUGAGUUAGGUGAUGAUCAAGUUGAAGGUCUAACUCCCUGGAAUCAGUUUCCUUUCUCUUCAUUAAACUCUAGGUGUGGAGAGUCUUCACAUGAAGCUAAUCUCCGGGGAUCAAGCAGGUUCAACCUGGAUUUGAAUAGUAUGAACGAGGACGAUGAUAUGCCUCCACCAUCUGAGUCGAAGAUGGAAACAAGAUUGUUUCUAAGUCACAAUGGUCAGCAAAGUGCAUCACCUGUCUCCUCAUCGUCAGUUGCUCAGCAAUCAGGCAAGGAAGUUAACUUUGAUUUGAAUGACAGGCCACAGUUUUUCAGCGAUUCACGUGAUCAGGGUCCAUACCAUGGGCGUAACCCAUGGAAUACAGCUCCCUAUGGAGGACACAAGUUGGAAGAACCGGGUAUUUCUAUCUUAGGUACAAAAGUAGAUGUUGAGAGAAAAGACUCAGUAUCCCAGAUGGCUUCGUUCUUGUCCAAUGGUAAGUCCAUCGAGCCCACAGGAGGAUUAUACAUGGGAAGAACGGGAAACUCUUUGGGUUUAGCCCCUGGUGUCUCCUUUUCUCCAUCCCCUAUAUAUGGCUACAACGGAUUGAGUGGUCCUCCUGGUUUGUCAAUGUCAUCAUCGCCCAUGUACGUUCCUGGAACUGCUAUUCCAUACAUGGUGGACUCAAGAGGUACGCCAGUGAUGAUGCCGCAAAUAAUGGGAUCGACCCCAUAUGUGCAGCCACCAUUCCCUCAACAACACAUGUUCAUGAGCUUGGCAGGUGGAUCACCUAGUAUGAAUGGGUCAGUGCGGCCAAACUUUGAUCAGAGCUCUGGGUUUGGGCUUGAGAUAGGUAACAGAGAGUCGUUGAGCUUGAGGCAGUUUCUAUCCCCGUCACAAACCGGGGCUAUGGGAGAGCACUCAGGAGCAAAUGUAGAGCCCUCGUCGAGUUCAUCUAUUAGCAUUGGUGGGAAGCGAAAAGAGCCAGAGACACGUUGGGAGUUCCCUCCAUGGAGGUGAGUGGUUGAAUUUACACAAAUGGUGGAGAUAGGUUGAUGGAUUGAUUGAUUGGUGAAAGGAUGACAAGUGUUAAGGUAACUUAUAAGUUGUCUCGCUGAACUUUUCUCUUUUUCUUUUUCCCUUCAGUUUUCCCUUUUUUCAGGUUUUUUAUUUUAUUUUAUUUCAUAACAUAUAGGAGGAUUAGUUCAAACAUUGGUAUAUGUCAAGCUUCUUUUUAACCUUGUUGGGUUUUUCUCCAUAAAUAAAUAUAUAGUUAUAAGAUACAGCAACGCUUCUAGUGGUUUGAUUAAUUGGUUUUCUCUUUUAUCAAGUGUUCUUUUCUUUGUUC